AGUCGAUGAGUUGCAGCUGGAGCACAAUAUGACCGUGUGGCAGUCCUGGGAGCCGUCGGGUCUCUCAGCCACUCUUCUGUAAAGGGCUUGACCGUCUGGUCAGUCUGCAGGUUGGGACAUCAGAGAAGAAGAAGGCAUCACCAUCGGGAUAAGCAGAAGAGCUGCGCGCUUUGACACAUCUGAAGGACUGGGAGAGCCAACGGUUCCCAUCGUAGUGUUUCCAGCUCGUAGCGCUGGAUCAGAUGUUAGAAUUUGUAAGUGCUGCUAUCCUAAAGUCCAAAGAGAAGUACAGAAAUCACACCUCAGGGUCCAGUACACACGAGUGACCCAAGCUUGACUGGAUAAGAGCCCCUUGGUUGGGAACUUGAAGAAAGGAGGAGGCGCAGAGGGGCUACGUACUUUUUCCUUUGGAUGUCCGGAUGCUAAAGCUCCAAAGAAAAGAUGUUUUAAGUCGCUGAAGGCAUCGAUGCUCUAAGGGUUUCUCGCCUACUUUUUCAGUAUUGGAAAAUAAUUUUAAGAAGUUUUCCAUUUCUGACCUUUGUGAGCGUGGGUCUGUACUUUUUGGAUUAUAUACUGCAAUGGGUAACUUAUGAAAACGCUCCUGAUGUGGAUAAGGGUUGGAAAAUAAUUUUUUUUUACUUGGGCAACAUCUGUGCUUUCUUGCACUGACUGGGCGCUGGGUUUGACUUGCAAAAAUUAAAGCCCAGUUAAGGAUGGGCUGAUGGACACUAAAGUGGGGACUCUGGGUUUCAGGAUGGCAGGAACUGUAUCUGGGCUGCCACUGGUACUGAUCUUACUUCACCUUUGCCCGAUGUCCCAGGGCUGUGCGGGUUUGAUGAGCACCUGUGCCUGUGUGGAAGACAGGUCCAAGGGUCAUGAUAUGAGCAAAUGGGUGAAGGUAUACUGUAUUGGCGAAGAGCUGCUGGAAGUGCCAGACCCCAUUGUGAUACCCGAGAAAACGACAACCAUGGUUCUGAGCAACAACAUGAUAACGGAGUUGAAGAAUGCCUCCUUCUAUGGACUACAGGACCUCGAAAGGAUAGACCUGAAAAACAACAGGAUCAGCAGAAUUUGGCCAGGAGCGUUCUUGGGUCUUUCGGGCCUGAAACGGCUUGACCUCUCCAACAAUCGAAUUGGAUGCUUAAUGGGUGACAUGUUUCCAGGACUUACUGGCCUCACCAGAUUGAACAUCUCAGGAAACAUUUUCUCACAUCUUCAGGCAGGAUUCUUUGAUGAAAUGGUGUCGCUUAAGUCUGUAGAUUUUGGAACGGAGUACUUGACAUGUGACUGUAACAUGCACUGGUUGCUGGUUUGGUCGAGGGAUAAGUCAGUUCAAAUCUCAGAGAAGACAUUAUGCGCCUACCCAAGUGCCUUGAAUGGACGUGCCUUUAAAAGCCUCAAGGAAAAAGAACUGACAUGUGAUAUCCCUUUGGAAUUGCAUACUCACCAGCUGAUCCCAUCACUACGGCAGGUUGUUUUCCAGGGAGACAGGUUACCAUUCCAGUGCACUGCCACGUAUCUUGAUAACAGCACACAGAUUUGGUGGUACCACAAUGGAAAACCCGUCCAUGAAGAUGAACUCCAGGGGGUCAUGUUGGUGGACAGUAUCAUACACGACUGCACAUGGAUAACAAGUGAACUCAUUCUGUCAAACAUCCACAUCUCAGCAGAUGGAGAAUGGGAAUGUGUCGUCUCUACGUCCCGAGGGAAUAUCACAAAGAAGGUUGAAAUAACUGUAUUGGAGACAUCAGCAUCUUACUGUCCUGCAGAAAGGGUCAGCAACAACAGAGGGGAUUUCAGGUGGCCACGAACAUUGGCAGGAAUAACUGCCUAUCAGCCCUGUCUGCAGUAUCCUUUCACACCUAUAUCUGUAAAUGGAGGAUCACAAGAAAAGAGGGCAUCACGCAGGUGUGGGCGCACAGGACACUGGGAAGACGGCGACUAUUCCAACUGCCUGUAUACAAAUGAUAUUACCAGGGCUCUGCAUACGUUUGUCUUGAUGCCCAUAAAUGCUUCCAAUGCCCUCACAUCAGCUCAUCAGCUCUGCGUGUACACAGCAGAGGCAGCCAACUUUUCAGACAUGAUGGAUGUGAUCUAUGUGGCCCAGAUGUUUGAGAAGUUUAUUAACUAUGUGGAUCAAAUUAAAGAGCUUGGAGAUGUCAUUAUUGAAAUGGCUAGUAACUUGAUGAUGGUGGAAGAACACAUACUCUGGAUGGCCCAGAAGGAAGAAAAGGCCUGUACAAGUAUAGUGCAGUCAGUGGAGAAAAUCGCCAGCCUUUCGCUAACUAGUAAUGCACAGGACCUCUCUCUGAAUGCAAGAAACAUUGCCUUGGAAGCCUACUGGAUCAAGCCUGCCAACUUCAUUGGCUUAGGUUGCACUGCCUUCCAGAAGAGAGAGAGCACCUUUGUUAGCUGGUCACCUGCUGUGCAGCAGAGGAUCCGAAGAGAACAGCAUGAAAGUGAAACUCUGCGGGACCCACGGCUCAAGUUCAGAUGUGCAACUGGCAUUUCUAACAUUUCUCUCAGCAGUUUCCCACUGAAGAACAGUAUUGCCCUGGCUUCUGUUCACCUGCCUCAAUCCCUCUUUGCCAGUCCCAUUUCCUCAACAUCUUCCAUGGACUGCAAGCUGCAGUUUGUCGUAUUUAGAAAUGGGAAGCUGUUUCUUAGCACUGGAAAUUCGUCUCGCCUGGCUGACGACGGAAAAAGGAGAAGUGUUUCAACACCAGUGAUCUUCACUGGCAUAGAUGGCUGUCUCAUACGCAACUUAACAGACCCCAUCACUGUAUCCCUACGUCACUUUACUGAAGGAGUGGACCCAGUGGCUGCAUUCUGGAAUUUUGACGUGUUGGGAGGGUAUGGUGGGUGGAGUUCUGAAGGAUGCCAGAUUGCCUACGCAGAAACAAACAUAACCACCAUUACUUGUGGACACCUAAACAAUCUUGCUGUACUGAUGAAGGUGAACGACUUCCCACCUCCACCCCCAGAUACAGCACAGGUACUCCAUCCUGUUAUCUAUACCUGCACCACCAUCCUGCUUCUCUGUCUGUUUACGACAAUUAUCACCUACAUCAUUAACCACAGCACUAUUCACAUCUCCAGAAAAGGCUGGCACAUACUACUGAAUGUCUGCUUCCACAUUGCCAUGACAUCAGCUGUUUUUGCAGGCGGCAUCAACCUCACAAACUACCAUGUCAUCUGUCAAGCUGUUGGCAUAAUUCUGCAUUACUCCUCACUCUCAACGUUGCUGUGGAUGGGAGUAAUGAUAAGAGUUAUAUACAAAGACGUGACCCGUAAGGUUCCACAGCAACAGGAAGGAGACUCACCCCAGCCCACACAGCGGCCCAUGCUAAGGUUUUAUUUAAUUGCUGGUGGAAUCCCCCUUAUCAUUUGUGGAAUAACUGCAGCAGUCAACAUCAACAACUAUGGUGACAACUCUCACUGUUGGCUGGUCUGGCGACCAAGUCUUGGUGCCUUCUAUGUCCCUGCAGCAUUUAUUCUUCUCAUCACCUGGAUUUAUUUUCUGUGCACAAGGAUUAAUCUUAGACACUGUUCAAAGGAAAGCAAAGAUCCUCCUAUGUUAAAUGAAGGUGAGCAACGGCUUGGAGGCAGCAACAAUUACUUAACGGAGUCUGGCUCUGCCUCUACUGCACUUAACACUGGGUUACAGCUUCCAGUGAUGGACAAUAUAUAUUCACUGAAAUCACAGUUUGGAGCUCUCCUGGCAGUCCACUGUUUAUACAUUGCAUUAUGGGUGUUUGGUGCUUUAGCAGUUUCUCUAGAAUGGUACUUCGAUGUCUUACUUAGCUGCCUGUAUGGUGUAACAGCUGUAGCUCUUGGCUUGUUCAUUCUGAUUUAUCACUGCUUUAAGCGGAAAGAUGUUCAGAACUCCUGGUUUGCUUGCUGUGCAUCAAACAGUAAUGCUCUACCUAUGCAAGCUUACAUUCACCCGAGCAUUGCUAUGGAUGAUGGCUGCCAGGUUUUCACUAGCUAUAACUCAGAUAUCGCUCACUCCAUAAAGUCGUCGUCUUCACCCAGCAGUAGCAAUUCAAAUAUCGGGCACUGUAAGCUCACCAACCUACAGGUAGCUCAAAGCCAGGCAGAAAAUGCACCUAUAAAAACAACAUGCUGUGAUGAAAAUGAAGAAGCCAACAAUAAAAACUUGAGUGCACCCAGAUAUACAAAUAGCUUGCAAAGUCGGCGUAACCAUAAGUCAAGGACUAAGCAACAGAGAGACGGGAAGCACCAUAGACUGAAGAUGCUAAAAGGUCCUUCCUCAGAGCAGCCUUCAAGUGAGAGUGGAAGUACACACAACAGUCACUCAGAGAGCUACCAGAGCAGCAGAAACAGCCCACUGAGUAACGGACAAGUUGGAGGUGCACCACAGGAGAAUGAGGCUUCAGUGACCCAAUCGGAAGGAAGUGAUACAAGCAGCCAACAGCAACCAAAUCAACAUGGUUACACUAGAUCACACAGGAAAUGUACCAGCAGAGACAACUUAAAGCAAACUAAUGCUGCUGAAAUGGAAACUAAGAGGAGGUCAUAUCCUCUAAAUACAGCUGCGCCAAAUGGAGUCCUUAAAGGAAGUAAAUAUGAUGUCAACCUUGCAAACACAGAGAACACAGCAGGUAUGAGAACUGGUCUCUGGAAAAGUGAAACUACUGUGUAGUUUGUGUUACCUGCUCUGAAUCUCUGAGCUUAAUAAACUCCCUUUGUAUUAUAAAAAAUGAACAGCAUCCCUCAAAUGGAUAACUCUCUGAGUAAAAUAGAUGAUGGAAAUUGUACCAAGUCAUAGCAGCAAUUCACUCAUUGUCAGCUUCUGUAAAACAGAAGUAUGUUCUAAAAAUAAUUUAUUAGGGUUGGACUUUUUAGUAGAAGCAGCAGCCCUAUUUUAAUAGUACAGGUAAUCAGGGCCUGAAAUGCAGAGGCAAAGCCAAGGAUAAAGCAAAAAACAAGAGUAGAGCCUUGUAAACUUUUCCUUUCUUGCUAAACCAAACCGCUGGCAGUCAUUACCCAAAGUUCUAAAGUAUUCAAGUAAUACAAUAGUUUCUACAGAGCUGUAAUAUAUUCUUUAACUUUUAGUACUGCCUUAAAAAGCCAAGAGCAAGGUUAUGCCAAGGUAAAUUAUUACGUUUAGAAUUGCAUACAAUUUGCCAUUAGAAAAGGUAACUUUAUUAUCUUUGUCAUUCAUCAAUUCCAUUAAAAAAAAAAGACACACAAGGGAAAAAAGCUGCCACUUUUAUUACUCUGACAAUAUCAUCAACUUGUCAGCAAUGCAUUUAAAUUUAUAUAAAUAUAUAUUUUUUUAUAAAAUCUAAACUUUAGCCAUUGGCAAAUUAAUUUAUGAAAAUUACAUUUCCAAGCAAUGUUUUUGCAGCCAUAAUUGUACAUUAAUUUUUGACAAUCAUAUAGAUUUUCAUAAAUCACAUCUUAAACAAUAAUGUGCAAAUUAAACAAAUGAAAAAAAAAAUGUAAUAAUGAUAUGAAUGAACUUUAUAGCAGCUACAUGGCUGAGAGGACUUAACACACUACACAGUGUACUAUUAUUACAGGACAGCAUCACACCUUGAAGUAUACUGUUAAACUCUGACUGAGGCUACAUUCCUUAUGCAUCUUCUAUGAUAAAACAAAAUGGUGGAUGAUGUUAAUGUAGUUAAGCAAUGGGCCUCUACUGUGAAAAGAAAAAUAUAGAAUGUUUUUGCUUUUUGCUGUAUGGCAGAAUCUCUCUGUUAAGGAGUGUUGCUUGCCAUACGGCUUUCAGGUGUUUGUCAUCCAGUGUGUGUGUGUGUGUGUGUGUGUGUGUAAUGUGAAACAAUGUCAGGCACUAUGUAUUAGCAAGACAGAAAGCUUUCGACCUGUAAUAGAUACUUCUUUGGGUUUGUAGUUUACCAAGAAUAUGCUGUCACUGCGGGAGCUCAGAAAUGUUAGACCAUAAUUAAGGUAAUGCUGUUUUAGGUGGUCUUAAACCACAUUGAAAGAAGCCUGUAGAACCAUACUGAAGGCCAUAACUAAGGUAUUGAGGAUAGACGAUACAAAUUUGAAAACUGACAGCAGCACGUUAGUUCUGGCUUUUAAAACUUUUUAUUCUGUAUGCUACAGAUAGCUGUACAGUACAACACAGCUUGAUUACUAUGUUUUGGUAUUACAAUGUUAUAACAUGACUUACUGCCAUUUUUUUUUCAGAAACCAACAAAUGAAGUACAUUUAAAGCAUGUAAGAAUACUGACAAACUUUAGCACUUAGUGUUCUUUGCUUAAAAAAAAGGGGAAAAAAAUAUAUAUAAUUACCUAAACAUUUACACAUUUCAGAAGGUAUUAAUCCAAAACAGCAUGUGCCUUAAACAAUCUUAAUAAUAAGUUGGAGACAGUUUGCCUCAGAGUGCUAUACGAGUAUCAUUAAACCUAAGAAAUGUAUUAAAAUAUUUACUGCUUCAGCCUAUUACAUUAUAGAAACAUGGAUCUGAACAGUCUUCUUAAAAUGAUGAAAAAAUAGGAAACUGAAAAUCUGACCAUUUGUAUAAAGCAUAGUCAGAUGGGCAUUUUUUUCUAAAUGGUUUUAUUAAGAUUUACAAGUAAAGUCAGAUGGCCAAUUUCAGGUAAUGGAGUUGCUGUUUUUUAUUUUCCUUCCUACAUCCAUUUCAUCUUGAGUGUUUAUUUUUUUUUUAUACGUGGUUAAAAUACAAGUGCCUCUUCUUAGGAGUAAGCAAAAGAGUGGAAUAAGAGAAUCAGACCAAGGUCUGCAGGAUAUACUGACAUAGCUGACGUGCUGUAAUACCAGACAUUGGGUGUCAAGUGUCAGGAUGACUGGUCAGCAGACAGACUGCCUGCCUUGAUCACUUGUCUUAUGCAGAAAGUAAUUCCCGUAAUCAAAGGAAGAACAGCCUCAGAGGUGAUAUCCUCUUUCAGUAAGGCUAAAAUUGCAAAUGUAAACCUGGUGCCACAAGGGCUAAUUCCACUGCCACCAACAUGAGAACGUAUGAGGCGUAUGAGCUAUGGCAUAUUGAAGUCAUGGUCUGGCACAAAUAAGGUGCUGUACAUACAUGAUAGGGCCAAGGGGUUUAACCUCCCAAAGAAAGUUAUUAUUUUAGCAUAACACCACUAGAGUGCCUUAGUGUAUUAUACAAUCAAAUAAUUUUAAGCAGUAUGUAUGCCAUAUUUACAAAAUUAUUUUAAUAUAGCCAUUGUAUAAGGACAGUGUUCAAGCCAAAUUCUGUCUUGGCUCUCCAGAAUGCAGCACUUUGUCCAGACACUCUAUAGUACUUGUCAACAUAAAUGGCUCCCUGAAAGAGUGGACUUGUUAUUUCUCUACACGCAGGUUACCGAUUAGGCCCGUGGUGGCAUAAUUUCUUCUACCUUUCUUACAAUAUUAGCAACCAUUUUUCUUUUAGGUGGUGAAUAUUUUCAGAAAUGGUCUAGGAUGCUGUGCCAUUGUGUGACUGAUUUUAGCAGAUGACAAAUCCUCCUACCCUAACAACCCAGCAAAGUGCAGCUAGUUAACAGUCUGUAUUUUCCAACUACCAUUUGUCAUGUUAUAUUUUGUCAGUUGUAUUAAGAUAGUUGCACUAAGCAAGCUAAUUAAAAACAAAACAGUAACAAAUAUGUUUUGGCAUUUUAUAUAUACAGUGAGGUUGACUAAAAUUUGAAUGAAAACUAAGAACAUAGGGCUGACCAGGUUACCCGUAAUUAAUGACACUACAGGUCAUUACUAAAUUUCUGUUGACACUCAUGGUAUGGCAGCAACAUCAGUAAAGGUCACUUAAGCUAUCAUAACGCAGUAAAAUCUGAGAGUACAUGAUUAUUGCACAAAUUGUUAAUAAAACAGAAAAAAUGGUUGGAAUGUAGCUGAAGGCCAGGAAUCCAGAAAUGCUUAAUUUCAUCGGACAUCGCUAAGUACUCCAGCAAGACUUUCUGGACCAUAAACUUGGCUAGUAUGUACACCAAUUUUCCUUUACAAUGAAAUCUAUAAAUGGGUUCUUGACAGUCGUAGUUUAAGUCCACUGUGUCAGCUUUUAGAAAUCUGGGUAUUUUCAUUAGCACUUAUUUUUUAAAACAAUACCCAGUUUUCCAUGCUAGAUAAUGUGCCUUGCUUGUACAUGUUUUCACUUAGGAGAUCAAAGCUAAAUGUUUUGUGCUCACUACUCUUUUCACAUGGAAUUGAUACAACUGAUCUGAUACCAGUCUUGUUAAAAGCCAUUCACGCAUAGGGCAUGACACUUUGUUGCAUUGGCAGCUUCUUUAUAAGGACUCACAGCUUCGUCUACAUGUGAGUUUGAAGUUGUACAACCGUGCUUCACAUUUUGGCAUACUGGCUUCUACUUGUAGACUUAUAUCACUGCAUAUAUGUAGUGACUGUAUCUGAAUACAGAUUUCCGUGUUCAGCUUACAAAGAAGCACGGCCAGUACAUCCUUUAUGAGGGAAACAGCACAAACGAUGCUUAGCAUAAGCUGGUUUUUGGAAAUGCAGGUCUGUCUGUGCACUUGUUUGGAAGGCUUGAGCAUACAUUUCUGGUUCAUGUUCAUGCUUUACUUAGAUGUUGAUGAGAGAAGGAAUUUAAUAAUGAAUAAUUUACUUAAUAGCAGUGUGGGGUAUGGUCCACUACCCCUAUCAGAAUGCUGUUGCACAAAGUAUCUGCUUACAAUCAGGCAGUCAUAAGCACUAGUGGACUUGAUGUUACAUCCAGUGUUAACUUUUGUAAUUUAUAAUUAAAACUGUUGUUUGUACAUUCUCAUAUAUGUAGUAUGUAAAGUGAAGAAAAAGAUUAACUUUUGCCUUCUGUGACUGACUUGAAGGUAAAUGCUAGCACCUUUAUGCUUGCCUUUUGUCAGCUUGUAUGAUAUAUUUUACCUCAGUUAUUAAUUACUUUAACAGUAUUACAUUCAACUUUGUCCCUUUGCCUUUAAGAAAGAGAUGAUAUUUUUCUGAAAAGUAUGCAUUCAGUAUUAGCUAAACAAUCUUAUCUUAUAAACAUGGAUGCUAGUAAAGAAAUUUGUGGCAGUUCUGCUAUUGCACAGCAAUUUUGUAUUAUGCUUAGUUUACAUUUAUUUACUUUGCUUAUUUACAUGUGUGGUAUUAAGCUUAUCGUAAUAUGCAAUGAUUCUUAAUAAAUGUGCCAAAGAGAUAUGUAUAAAAUGUUUUCAUCGACAAUAACUAUUAGCAGACAUUUUGUUAAUAUAUUAAAUGAAGGAGAAAAAAAAAACGUAAUCAAA